AUGGCCUCUCGAAGCCUGGCGGGCCUGAGCGGGAGCCGUGGCAGUGGCGGCGGCAAGAAGAGCCUGAGCGCCCGCAAUGCUUCGGUGGAACGGAGGAACCUGAUCACUGUUUGCAGAUUUUCUGUGAAGACCCUGAUUGAUCGGUCCUGCUUUGAGACGAUUGAUGAUUCUUCUCCUGAAUUUAACAAUUUUGCAGCUAUUUUGGAACAGAUUUUAAGUCACCGGCUAAAAGAGAUUUCCCAAAGUUGCAGAUGGCUGGCUCAUCUCCAAAUACCUCUUCAAGGUCAAGUAACCUGGUUUGGUUACGAAAGUCCUCGUAGCUUCUGGGACUAUAUCAGAGUGGCUUGCCGGAAAGUCUCACAGAAUUGUAUCUGCAGCAUUGAAAAUAUGGAAAAUGUCAAUUCCUCUAGAGCCAAGGGGCAAGAAUGGGUGGUGGUAGCACUCAUGGAAAAACAUUUAUCUGAAUACAUCUCUACUGCUCUGAGAGACUUCAAAACAACCAGGAGAUUUUAUGAAGAUGGAGCAAUUGUCUUGGGUGAGGAAGCAAAUAUGCUUGCUGGCAUGCUGCUUGGGCUUAAUGCUAUUGAUUUCAGCUUCUGCCUGAAAGGAGAGGGAUUAGAUGGCAGUUUUCCUGCUGUAAUAGACUAUACACCAUACUUGAAGUUUACCCAAAGUUCUGAUAGUAUCAGCAGUGAUGAGGAAGAGCUAAGGACUUUGGGAAGCAGUGGUAGUGAAAGUAGCACUCCAGAGAAUGUUGGACCUCCUUUCAUCAUGGAUGAAAAUAGUUGGUUCAACAAGUGUAAGAGAGUUAAACAAAAGUAUCAACUUACCCUGGAACAAAAGGGGUAUCUUGAAGAACUCUUAAGACUUCGAGAGAACCAGCUCUCUGAAUCAGUCUCCCAGAAUAAAAUACUGCUUCAGAGGAUUGAAGAUUCUGACCUGGCCCAUAAAUUGGAGAAGGAACAAUUAGAAUAUAUAAUUGCGGAGCUUCAAGAUCAGCUGACUGUGCUAAAGAAUAAUGAUUUAAGAUCAAGACAAGAGUUAACUGCCCACCUCACCAACCAGUGGCCUUCCCCAGGAGCUCUGGAUGUCAAUGCUGUUGCCUUGGAUACGUUGCUUUACCGAAAACACAAUAAACAGUGGUAUGAGAAAAGUUAUCAAAGUCUUGACCAGUUAUCAGCUGAAGUUAGCCUUUCUCAGACCUCGCUGGAUCCAGGCCAUUUACAAGAAGGCGAUGGAAAACAAGACACAUUAAAUUUACUCAGUGAAGGUAAAGAAGACACUCCCUCAUUACUUGGUCUCUGUGGAUCUCUAACAUCAAUGGCAAGUUACAAGUCUCUAACAAGCCUAAAAUCUAAUGACUACCUUGCAAGCCCUACAACAGAGAUGACAAGUCCAGGCCUAACUCCAUCCUGA